AUGCCUUCCAUCAACAGCCUCCUCACAAUGGCCCUCGUAGGCUCUGCCAGCGCUGCAUUCCAGGGUUUCAACUACGGCUCGACCUUCACAGAUGGCAGAGUGAAGGCCCAGUCCGACUUUGAGAACGAGUUCAAGACCGCCGCUGGCCUCGAGGGCACCGGGGGCGCCUUCACCAGCGCUCGCCUCUAUACCAUGAUUCAGGGUGGCUCAACCAACCAACCCAUCUCUGCUAUUCCUGCUGCCAUCAAGACCAAGACCAGCCUUCUCUUUGGUCUCUGGGCUUCUGGUGACGGCUUCGCCAACGAGAUCGCCGCUCUAAAGAACACUGUCGACCAAUAUUGUGGACAACUCGAUGACCUUGUCGCCGGUAUUUCUGUCGGAAAUGAGGAUCUCUACCGAAUCUCUCCCACCGGUGUCAAGGCCAAUGAGAACCCCGGUACCAACCCUGACGUCCUCGUCGACUACAUCAAGCAGACUCGUGCUGCUAUCAAGGGCACUUGCCUUGAGUCUGUCCCAAUCGGUCACGUCGAUACGUGGACUGCAUAUGCCAAUGCUUCCAACAAUGCUGUCAUUGAGGCCUGUGACUGGCUUGGUAUGGAUGCUUAUCCUUACUUCGAAGACACCAAGAACAACCCCAUCUCAGAGGGUGCAAACCUCUUCAAGGCUGCCUGGAAUGAGGUCAAGACUGUUGCAAAGGGCAAGGAAAUCUGGGUCACUGAGACCGGAUGGCCCGUCAGUGGCAAGACAUAUGGUAAGGCCGUUCCCUCUACCAAGAAUGCUCGCACAUUCUACGAGGAUGUCGGUUGCCCUAUGUUUGGAGAUAUCAAUGUCUGGUGGUACACACUCCAGGACUCUGCUCCUCAGACUCCUAACCCCAGCUUUGGCGUCAUUGGUUCCGAGUUGACUGAGAAGCCCCUGUACGAUCUCAGCUGCGAUGAGAAAAGUAAGAAGAGAACUCUGGUCAGCCGCAACAACGAUGUGUCUGGCAACGUUGAGCACCGCUUCGUCAGCCCUUCUUUCGUAACUGGUAACUAUACCAACGGAACUGUGCCUGUAGUGCCUGGCACUCCCACUUCUCUUGUGCCUACUCCCUCUUCUACCUCCGGCAAUGGUGGCUCUGCUUCAACUCCUUUGCCCGGCAGCGGGGCUCAGCAGCUCAACUCAAUGGGCGCCGCUGCUGUCGCAUUCAUUCUUGCCGCUGCUCUGUUGUAUCUCCUAGCCAAUCAGAAGUCUGAUGCAGCUGGGAAGCGGUUAGGAGGUACCCCCCAUCAACAAUCUUGCCAGUGGCAAGGUACCUUAGGUCAAAAUCUCUCUGCUCUCGCGAUCUCUUCCCUCCUUUCUUCUCCAGCCAUCAACAUAAACGACAACAUCAUUAUCAUCAUCAUGAUCAGCAACAACAACCGCGUCUUUAAAAAAGAAAAUGGCUUCCACACCUACCACUACUCCAGUCUAUCUAGAACCCGCCUGCCAAGGGUCCAGAGGGGGGCCCAACUAGAGACGAUGGCGCUGUGGCUGGGGGCGAGGCCCCAGCCACGAAGAAGAAAGGACGACUCUUCUGCUCGUAUUGUCCUGGCACUAUCACUAUUCUUCGGGGGUGGGAACCCUUCGGUGGCCCCUCCGGGCACCGUGCUCCGUGUUGCGACUGAUCGAGUCGAGAAAAACAAAAAGAAGAAGAACAAGCACAGAGCUCAGAAGAAGCUCACAGACAAGGCUGCGGAGAAGGUCGCAAAUUAA